AUGAACAAGUGGCAGCUAUAUUAUCAAAUCCUCAACUUUGAGAUGAUUGUCUCCUCAGCUUUAAUGAUCUGGAAAAGACUCAUGGUAGUAAGUAGAAGUGAACGCCCAAUUGUAGUGGUGCUCAGUGGAAGCAUGGAAGAUGCAUUUCACAGAGGGGAAGUUCUGUUUUUAAUUUAUGAAAUUGAAGAUCCUAUAAGAGUAGGAGAGAUUGUUGUCUUCAAGACAGAAGAAAGGGGAAUUCCAAUUGUUCACUGGAUUUUGAAAAUUCACGAAAGGCAAGAUGGACAUGUCGAGUUUUUGACCAAAGGAGACAAUAAUGCUGCUGCUGAUAGAGGGCUAUAUAAGCAAGGGCAGCUCUCGCUAGAGAAGAAGGGGGUAGUAGGAAGAGCAAGAGAUAUGCAGUCCUCUUUUUACUGGGUUUAUUUGGUCUGGUCCAUCAGGAGUAAGAUGUUUGCCUUAUAG